CGGGUUUCGCAGCCGCCGGCAUUGCAUAAAAUGUUGCUUAUAUUCAUUGCCAACAUUAGAGGUACAAUUUAUCUGUUAAGGUCCCGCCACGAUAAUACCACAAAUGUCCUGGACGAAGAAUAUAUCCGAUGGACGAUUAUAAACGAGGAAGUUGAUGUUGUAACCCCAAUGAUCGUAUUGCAUCUUAAAAAACUCCGAGUCGAACAUUUCCAGUUACCUGACAUCAAUGAAAGUAUCUGCAUAAAACCAUUCUUUAUUACAUAUAAGGUUGGGGUGUACCUUACCGAUGGAAUAGUAUAUAAUCUUAGAGGUAUAGCUCGAAAUGGGAAUGCCUUCAUGACAUACCAAAGAAAAGUAUUUCAAAGCCGGUUUUAUUUAAAAAUUAAUAAGCUACAGCUUUGA